UUACUAAUCCAUCAUUCUCCUCGGUAAGUCCUCUCAAAGUACAAAGAGUUUUUAUAUCCCCAAAUUUUUGAGGGGAUGGUGUUACUUGUAUCAAACAGAGGCUGUCGAGUAUGGCAUCGAUACUUGACACAAGUCAUUCGACCUUGUUUGACUAAGCCUAGUCAAUGGAAUGCGUUCGUUCGCUAUAAUUCACAACAAACCGAAAGUCAUGAUGCAUUAACAGAAACAACUCGAAAUAUCGGUAUCAUAGCUCACAUCGAUGCGGUAAGUUCCAAUUGUCACUUGUAUUACUUGCCCCUAAUUUCAGAAGGGCAAAACCACUACCACAGAGCGUAUGCUCUAUUACAGUGGCUAUACUCGACGCAUAGGAGGUAUGAUUGCUGCGGUCACAUGAUUAUCACGAAUAGAGUCUGAUGGUCUGUUAGACGUUGAUGAUGGCUCCACUGUCACUGACUUCCUUCCCGCCGAAAGGGCCAGGGGCAUAACUAUUCAGUCGGCAGCUGUGACCAUGCACUGGCCUCCCGUGGCCGAAAAUAGUAUAUCCUCGGAAUUGGCCCAGCCGUCCCGAUCACAGGUAUCACAUACCAUUAAUCUAAUUGAUACUCCGGGCCAUGCAGAUUUUACAUUCGAGGUUCUUCGUUCCUUGAGAAUUCUUGAUGGAGCCGUGUGUAUUCUUGAUGGUGUGGCAGGGGUAGAAGCUCAAACCGAGAAAGUAUGGAAACAGGCAAACAAUUACAGCAUUCCCAGAAUUGCUUUCGUCAAUAAGCUUGAUCGUGAGGGAGCUGCCUUUGCAAGAACGGUCCAAGAAAUCGGAUCAAGACUUCGAGGUUGGCCUGCUGUUUGUCAGAUCCCGUGGUGGGAAGGCGGCAAGGGCAGGUUUACGGGAGUUGGCGAUGCAGUUAACCUUUGUGCUCUGAAAUGGGAAGAAGGUGGUGACGGUAAAUCGAUUCAACAUUUCACUCUUCACCAGCUGCAGAAAGAUGAACCAAAGUUUGCUGACGAGGUCGUCAAGGCACGAGCUGCACUCGUAGAGGCAUUGUGCGAAUUUGACGAAGGACUCCUUGAAACCUGGUUGGAAUGUGAUGAUGAUAGUCUACUCAUAUCACCAGAUGACAUCAUUAAGAGCUUACGGAAAUGUGUUCUUGACGGUUCUGGUAAACUCAUACCCGUCUUUGCUGGAGCAAGUUUCAGGAACAUUGGAGUUCAACCGCUUCUUGAUGCAAUCAACAAUCUCCUACCCAACCCUACCGAGAGGCCCGAGCCAGAAGUACGAUUAGGCAGCAUGCGCGGUAGUUUGACCCAGCUUCUACAAGGAAAGCUAGACCUCGCCGCAGCACAAGAGAGACAGAUCUCUAAGAAAUCUAGCCCUCGAACUUCUCUUAUCACCCAGCUCGAAGCUUGUGCGCUUGCUUUCAAGGUAGUUAAUGAUCCACGACGAGGUGUACUAGUCUAUAUCAGGGUAUACUCCGGCACAGUCAAGCGAAACACUGCCUUGUGGAAUACGAAUCUUCAUGUUUCUGAAAGAGCGCAGAGACUUUUACAAAUGUACGCAUCUGAUGCUGUAGAAAUACAAAGUAUUCCAGCUGGUCAGAUUGGUGUUAUUGCCGGUUUAAAACAUGCUCGUACGGGCGAUACCUUAUUGUCUUACACAGGAGCUCAUUCAAAAAACGGUCCGCCAGCACCACUGAACAUUCUCCAACUACGCCCGAUCGAUGUCCCUCCACCAGUCUUUUUUGCCGCAAUAGAACCGCACAGCCUAAGCGAAGAGAAAAAUGUAGCCGAAAUUUUACAACUCUUGUUGAGAGAAGACCCGAGUCUUCAUGUCAAUGUCGAUGAAGAGUCUGGUCAAAUGCAGCUGAGCGGUAUGGGUGAGCUGCAUCUGGAAAUCGCCAGAGAUCGACUCGUGAAUGAUUUCAAGGCCAAGGCAACCAUGGGCAACAUUGAAAUCGGCUAUCGUGAAUGUGUUUUGUCUCCUACAUCAACUCAUAGGUACAUUUUUGAUCGUGAGGUUGCUGGGAAAAAAGGGAAGGCAGGGUGCGAAGCUAGUAUUAGUCCGGAUGAGCAGCCGCUAGAAGACUCUGACCAUACUAUGCAUAUCGAUGGAAACACAAUCACAAUCCGAAUUCCAAAACCUGCUAAGAAUGAUGGAGGCGAUGGAAUCCUGAUACUGCCUUCCGACAUGACUCUCGCCGAGGUCCAUACCGCAUUGCUUAAUGGGGCUGUCGCGGGUCUAGCCCGUGGCCCACGUCGCGCAUUCCCGCUCCAUUCUGCGCAUGUGCUGCUAAAGUUCGAUACCAUCGAAGAUGUUUUUGGAUCUGACACUACUUCUGCUGCAUUGUCUUCUGCAUCGAGGCAUGCUGUACAAGCUGGUCUCAAGGAAGCUUUCCAGGCAAACUCUAUUGGACUAAUGGAGCCUGUCAUGAAUGUAGUUAUCAGCUGCGACGAAUCAUCUCUCGGUGCAAUUGUCCAUGAUCUCUCCUCUGCUCGCGGUGGCCACGUACUAUCACUCGAAAAUGAUAAUGAGGUAGAAGAUUCAGAUGGCGAGCUGCCUCCGGUUGAUAUAUCCAGAGUUUACACUCCUCCAGAUCCAUUCGCCUCAGGAACCAGCACUGAUCCAUCAGGACCUGGCCAGCAGCGUCAAAUUACCGCCAGAGUACCAUUGAAGGAGAUGGUUGGGUAUUUGAAGCAUUUGAGGAGUAUGACUGGUGGUAGAGGAACAUUUAUUAUGAGUGUUGAUAGAUUUGAAAGACUCUCUGGACCAAGAGAAAAAGCUUUGUAGCUUGGCCAUAGACUGUAAUGCUAGGGUUGGAAUAAUAUCCUUUGUGUGUUUGGAGUUUUUUUUACCUCCAAAGCCGGGGAGAUUUUAGUAAUUCGGAGGACUCAACAGAACUUCAUGUUCGCGUUCGAUAUCUUGUUCGUGCUACCCCAUUCAAGCUCUGUUUUUCUGGCUCGCCGACCUGUAAUUACCGAGUUCAUUAGUUGAAAAUACUAUUUAACAGACUAGAAGCACACUCUGAAGCGAGUAUUCGUUAUUUUAAGAGCUUUUAGAGGCAUUAAGAUAGCCGUAUUACAAUGCUCUAGUCUGAAAUGUUCACAGUA